UCGGCCGAGAAGCUGCUUCGGUGUUUUUUCUUCUGAUUUUGGACUGACGCGUUUGUCCUCCGGAGCUGCUCUGUUCUCCUCAGCUAUCCCCUUUCUUCUUCUUCUUCUGCUGAAAUCGAGCAUCUCCGAAUGCCCAUCACGAAGAGUAGUCUCAGUCUCAGGAAGCUUUCUUCAAUCCGAAACUCGUGUAAGUUCCCAUACUUCUGUUGGUUUUUUUCUUUCCGCAGCAAAACGACUCUUAGCCCAUAUGAAAGCGACGCUCCAAUUCCUGAUCAGAUCUUCAAAUCGGCUUCCCAAAUGGGUUCUUACAAAUCAGGCGAUUCCACUUUCUAUUCCCUCAUUGAAAACUAUGCCAAUUCCGGCGACUUUGGGACUUUGUUUCAGGUUUUCGAUCGAAUGAAGCGCGAGCGCAGGGUGUUUAUUGAAAAGAACUUCAUUUUAGUGUUUAGGGCUUAUGGGAAAGCCCACUUACCUGAGAAAGCCAUCGAGUUGUUUGGUAGAAUGGUGGAUGAGUUUCAAUGUAGGCGAACUGUUCGAUCAUUUAACUCGGUUCUUAAUGUUAUAAUACAAGAGGGUCUUUUUCACCGAGCUUUGGAGUUUUAUGAAUGUGGGGUUGGUGGGAAGACGAAUAUUUCCCCCAAUGUGCUUAGUUUUAAUUUGGUUAUUAAAGCUAUGUGUAAAUUAGGAUUGGUUGAUAGAGCCAUUGAAGUGUUCAGAGAAAUGCCCAUUCAGAAAUGUGAACCCGAUGUGUUCACUUACUGUACUUUGAUGGAUGGGUUGUGUAAGGAGGAUAGGAUUGAUGAGGCGGUUUUGCUGCUGGAUGAGAUGCAAAUCGAAGGUUGCUUCCCAAGCUCAGUGACAUUUAAUGUGUUGAUUAAUGGGUUGUGCAAGAAGGGGGACAUGGCCCGUGUGACAAAGCUUGUGGAUAAUAUGUUCCUCAAAGGGUGUGUUCCAAAUGAAGUGACUUAUAAUACGAUUAUCAAUGGCUUGUGUCUCAAGGGGAAGUUGGACAAGGCGGUUAGUCUUUUGGAUCGAAUGGUUGCAAGUAAAUGUGUGCCUAAUGAUGUUACCUAUGGAACACUCAUCAAUGGACUCGUUAAGCAAGGAAGAUCUGUUGAUGGAGUCCGUUUAUUGAGUUCUUUGGAGGAAAGAGGGCAUCAUGCGAAUGAAUAUGCAUAUUCAACCCUUAUUAGUGGGUUGUUUAAGGAGGAAAAGUCCGAAGAGGCUAUGGGAUUGUGGAAGAAGAUGGUGGAAAAAGGAUGCCAACCCAAUAUUGUUGUUUAUAGUGCUCUAAUAGAUGGUUUGUGUAGAGAAGGAAAAUUAGAUGAAGCCAAGGAAACUCUUUGUGAGAUGGUGAAUAAGGGUUGUACACCCAAUGCUUUCACCUAUAGUUCCUUGAUAAAGGGUUUCUUUAAGACGGGUAAUAGCCAAAAAGCAAUUCAUGUGUGGAAAGAGAUGGCCAAGAAUAAUUGUGUGCCUAAUGAGAUUUGUUAUAGUGUACUCAUCCAUGGCCUAUGUGAGGAUGGGAAGCUGAGGGAGGCUAUGAUGGUGUGGACACACAUGUUGGGCCGUGGACUUAGACCUGAUGUUGUGGCUUACAGUUCAAUGAUUCAUGGCCUAUGUAAUGCUGGUUCAGUAGAAGUGGGUUUAAAGCUUUUCAAUGAGAUGCUCUGUCAGGAGUCUGAUUCUCAGCCAGAUGUAGUCACUUAUAAUAUACUUCUCAGAGCUUUGUGUAAGCAGAAUAGCAUCUCUCAUGCCAUUGAUCUUCUAAACAGUAUGUUGGAUCGAGGUUGCGAUCCUGACUUAAUUACGUGUAAUAUUUUCUUGAACGCUUUGAGAGAGAAGCUGAACCCACCUCAAGAUGGGAGAGAAUUCCUAGAUGAGCUUGUGGUCCGGCUACAUAAGCGGCAGAGAAUUGUAGGUGCUGCCAAAAUUAUAGAAGUGAUGCUGCAAAAGUUUCUUCCUCCAAAUGCCUCCACUUGGGAAAGGGUUAUUCCAGAACUUUGCAAACCUAAGAAGGUUCAAGCAAUCAUUGAUAAGUGUUGGAGCAGCCUGUUUUUCUAAUUUCAUGAGCCAGACUUUCAGUUGUGAAAGACAGAUGUUUUACCGUGCAUACACACUAUGGUUUGGUGAGAUGGUGUCCAUUCUUAGGAAAAAAAUGAAGAAAAUAAUCAGAUGAGAUGAUGAAGCACUUGUCAGUAAGCACAACAAUGGGAAUUAGGGUAUGCAAUUUGUGUUGUCACUACCAUCAUAUUGAAGGGAUGACAGAAUUAUAACAUUUCAAUACAGAAUACCUGAUAGAUUGCACUUGCAACAUCACGAGGCAUCAGAUAGUGGGGUCAAGCCUGUAAUUCGCUAGACAGGGAUUUCAAAGACUCAUUGAUGAUUAUGCCAAUUCCAUUUCCAAGGCUACUUCAAAGAGUGGCUUGUUAGAUACCUGUUAAGAAACAGAAGAAAAUGCUUUCCUUGAUAGUGGUGUGGUCGAGUCACCAGGUUGUACUGGCCAGACCAUGAAGGAUGGGGAGGUGGAGGUUUAAUCAUCAGACCAGACACGACUUUAUCCAGUCCAGAAAACUCAUCUAGCAAAAGUGGUGAAGCAAGAAGAAAGCUAGUAUUCUUGAAGCAAAGGCUGCAAGUAAAAAUUAAUCUACCACCACCCUAAAAAUAUUAAUCACUUUUUAAAUUGAAGUGCAUAUAGAUCUUGUCUGUGCCAAGAGCAUGACUGUUUUGGACCCAGGCAAGCAGUAGCAUGGUUGUUGAUGCCGUUCCUCAAGCAGUGGGUACCUUGAUUUUGUCUGUGUUGCAACCCAAGUAAAAAUAUGGAUUUAAUCCAUGGAGGCUUUCUUUCUUUGCUGAGGAACUUUGAUGGUCUGAGGUUUAAGACAAGUAACAGGUUGAGCAGGACUUGUUUAAGUGCUCACUUGAACAGAGGAAUAUUCUCAGAGCUGGUGGAGGACCUGAGUAUUCAACUCCAUGCAGUCAAGGCAACAGUAAUCUCUCUUCUAACAUAGAAAGUCCUUGACGGUCUUUUUUUCACUUUUGAGCAUCCCCAACUUAAUACAUGUGUUUCUGCAAUUUCAUUAGGUCGUAUGGUUGUAUGAUAAAACUGAUAAUGACGUAAAAGAAAUUGUUAAAGCCGUAUUUAUUUAUUUAUUUUUGCAGUUGUUUCAUGAGGAUUCAUCUGCUCCUGGAAUCACAACUAUUGAAACGAGAUUUUAUCAUAACAGAAAUUUAAACUGAUAGAGCAGAUUGACUAUUUAAAGCUAUUUGCUCUCUUAGCGGAGAAUCUGAGUUAGCUUGAAUGGAGUUUAAUUACCUCCUUCAAGGGAAUGGAUUGUAGUUCAUAUUCUUUAUCUUGCUAAAUAUUCAUUUCUUGGAAUUUUGAGCGAAAUAAGGGUUUUCUUUACUUUGCUUUAUGCUGUGGUGAGGGCUUCAAUGGUAGGUUUAUCAUAUCCUAUUAGAUGCAAUUUUCCUUUGCCGCUCCCUUCUUUUCCUUUUGUGUUUGCUUUUCCUCCCAGUCAUGCAACAUAUUGAAAA